AUGCCACUCGGGGAGAAUGGAGCCCACCGGCGUGGUGAUGGAACUGCGUCGAAAAGGGGACGGAUCUUGCGGCUUAGAAACAUCAUCAGGAACAAGGUCCGGACGGGUCGUCAACGUACCCAGGCGGCAACUCCAGACCCGCAGCAGAUGGAGAAAACAGAUGUGCAGAUGAGAGUAAACGACCAACCAGCACUGAUGCGAGGUUCACCGAGUCGUCGCGCGGAAACGGUAAAUCUCUACAAAGGGAAGAUCAAAGGACUUACAAGUAAUGGCCACAUUCGACGCAGGUCCCUGAACACCACCAAGAGUAUAGCAGAAUCCAAAGGAGUUCCGGACCCCCCUCUGCUGGGCGACAUCAUCGACGUCCCCACGACAGAUUUGGCUGCCGAACAUAGCGACAACGAUUCACCUUUUGGCUCUCUUACGAAAUCGUUCGUUAGCGCGGUAGAGAAACUCGAUUUCUACUCCACGCUUCCACGAAACAUGUCCUUCCUUCGCUCAAGGUCGUCUCUCUUCGACCUAAAGAAGGGAGACAAAGCUGUCAGUAGCCCGCAAAAGCCAGGUCAACUUUUCCCACCCAUCUCGCCAUCGAAACCUGCACCGCCGAUCAGCCAACCGAUAGCUGCGUCGUCUCGGGCAAAAGUGUCCGCCUUCUCGACUCCGGGAAGCAAAGCAAGGCGUCGCCCGCCAGUACCACAGCGGGGUGUACCAUCGAUUACGAAUACCUCGGAUGCCAGAUCGAAGCGUGACGCACUUGCUGCCGGCCGAUCUGUCUUGUCUCCGAUAGUGUUCUCGAACGAGAAGAUCGGCUAUGUAGCGUCCGCAGCCGAAUUCGGGGAACCUGAAGGUGUCAACCCUUUGAGAAUGCAUCCACCGGGUACCAUGGUUGUUCCGCUUGCCGUUGCAAAUCCGACGGUCCCGACCAUACCGGCAGACGGCAGUACUCCUCAAGCUGGUUCCCGGCCGCAGGCAACGACUCCGGCAGCAGAGAUGGACACUGACUCCGACUCUAUCUCGCUUGAGGAUGCUCCGAUAUACUCGCCAUCACUCGGCGAUCUCAGCCAGUAUGCUCGUGAUACACCUCGAUCGGGAAGAAUUGCACUUUCUGACACCGGCAAAGCUCAGAUUGCAGCCCCAACACCUACCCGAAGUCCCAUCAAGAACCGUAAUUCAGCCAAGGGACAAUCCGGUUUGUUGAAGAAAAGCAGGAGUGGUGUCAGUUUAUUCUCGAGAUCCAAAGCUGAUAACAAGUCAAGGGUCACUGGCGGACCUUUGCACCAACGUGACGCGAAUCAAAAAAUGACUAAUAUUGCAGGAAACGUGGUCAAGAAGAGCAGGAGUGUACACUUUGGAGGACUUUUCAGAAAGGAUGAGCAUGUCGAUUUACAGCCGUCGUCGGUCCCAGCUUCUCCGUUCCAGCCGGCAACGCCUUCCCCACUGAGAAAGGUGAUGCGCUAUGGUAGUCAGUCGACGGGAGGUGGCAGCUCUCCUACGGCAUUGUCGGGGAGGAAGUAG